GAUGAGAAUUGCUGCUCUUGUCCCAUACAGUCGGGGCAAGAGCGUAAAAUCCAUUACUGUAGUUAGUUUUGCUAAGAAAUCAAAACGAGGCAAGAGCAAUCAUCUUUAUAUUAUGGAUAAUUGGUUAGACACGAAAAAUAAAUGUUAUCCUGGUCAGAAGUUGAGUGAUGAUCUUAGAAAGGGACUGAUACCUUUUUGA